GCAGCAGCUUUGAAUCUGAGCUUGACAUUGAAAGAAGAGAAUGAAAAACACCAGCUGGAUCAGAAAGAACUGGCUUCUUGUAGCUGGGGGGUCUUUAAUAGGUGUCCAUCUUGUAACAUACUUUAUACAGAGGGCUGCAAAACAGUCCGUAAAAUCUCAGUCUGGAGCCAAACAAAAGAGUAUUGAAGAAUGAAGUAAAAUAAAUAUUUAGAAUUACUAAUUUGUCAUUAAAUCCUUAUAUGCUGAUUAGCUCCAUAAACAUCAAAAUAUUUAAUUUUGUAGCCACGUUGCUGCAUAUUCAUACUUUCAUUCCUGAAGAAUAUUUUGUUUUCAUGUUAAAACACAUGACAGUGCAAUGAAAAGAAAAAUACGGUUCACACAAUAAAAGCUGUCUUCACAAGUAACUACCUGAAGUAAGAUGUCUCGUUUAGAAGCUAAGAAGCCAUCGUUGUGUAAAAGUGAACCACUGACAAGUGAGAAAGUCAGGGCCACACUUUCUGUCUGGAAAGGAAUCGUGUCGUCAUGCUACGGCCCUUCGGGUAGGCUGAAGCAGGUGCACAAUGGCUUUGGAGGUUACGUGUGCACAACUUCACAGUCCUCCUCCCUGCUCAGUCACCUCUUGGUCACCCAUCCCAUAUUAAAGAUCCUGACGACUUCCAUGCAGAAUCAUGUGUCGUGCUUCAGUGAUUGUGGCUUAUUCACAGCCAUUCUUUGCUGCAACCUGAUUGAAAAUGUUCAGAGAAUAGGCUUGACACCCACCACCGUCAUUAAACUAAAUAAACGUCUUUUGCGUCUCUGCACCAAUUAUCUUAAGUCUGAGGCCUGUGGUUGUCGACUCCCAGUUGACUUCAGUAGUACUCAGAUCCUCCUCUGUUUGGUGCGCAGCAUAUUAACAAGCAAACCUGCCAGUAUGCUCACCAGAAAGGAAAUAGAUCAUAUCAGUACCUUGAUUCUGAAAGCUUUUUUGCUUACAAUUCCGGAAAAGCCUGAAGACCAUAUCAUUUUAGGAAAGAGUAUAAUUGUACCAUUGAAAGGUCAAAGAGUUAUAGAUUCUACUGUAUUACCUGGAAUACUCAUUGAAAUGUCAGAAGUUCAAUUAAUGAAGCUAUUGCCUAUCAAAAAGUCAGGUGCCCUCAAGGUGGCACUCUUUUGUACCACUUUAUCGGGAGACCUUUCUGAUACUGGAGAGGGAACUGUAGUGGUGAGUUGCGGGGUUUCUCUUGAAAAUGCAGUUCUGGACCAGCUGCUUAACCUAGGAAGGCAGCUAGUCAGUGACCACGUAGAUCUUGUCCUGUGCCAAAAAGUUAUACACCCGUCUUUGAAACAGUUGCUCAGUGUGCAUCGGGUUAUUGCCGUAGACAGAAUUGGAGUGGCCCUGAUGGAACCCUUGAGUAAAGUGACAGGAACACAGCCUAUUGGCUCCCUAGGCUCAAUAUCUCCUAGUAGUUACGGAAGUGUGAAAGAUUUGUGCACUGCAAAAUUUGGCUCCAAGCAUUUUUUUCAUCUUAUUCCUAACGAAGCAACAAUCUGCAGUUUGCUUCUGUGCAACAGAAAUGAUACUGCCUGGGAUGAGCUGAAGCUCACGUGUCAAACAGCGCUGCAUGUCCUUCAGUUAACAAUCAAGGAACCUUGGGUUUUAUUGGGAGGUGGCUGUACUGAAACUCAUUUGGCUGCGUAUAUUAGACACAAGACUCACAACGAGCCAGAAAGCAUUCUCAAAGAUGAUGGAUGUACUCAAACAGAACUUCACCUAAUGGCUGAAGCAUUUUGCAGUGCUCUAGAAUCUCUUGCUGCCUCUUUAGAACAUGAUGGAGGUGAAAUUCUCACUGACAUGAAGUAUGGACACUUUUGGUCAGUUCAGGCAGAUUCUCCCUCUGCUGUUAACUGGCCAGAUUUGCUUUCACAAUGUGGCUGUGGAUUAUACAAUAGCCGGGAAGAACUCAGCUGGUCUUUCUUAAGAAGCACACGCCAUCCUUUUACGCCACAAACCUGCCUUCCCCAUGAAGCUGUGGGCUCGGGCAGCAACCUGACCGUGGACUGUUGGACUGCUAAGCUUAGUGGCCUCGAGGUGGCUGUAGAGACAGCCAAUUUGAUUUUGGAUCUUUCAUAUGUCAUUGAAGAUAAAAACUAACAGAAUAGCAUGUUUAUAUUACAAAACAAGCUAGUCAUGUGUCAAUUAAGAAAAA